AUGUCGGAAUCGCCGAAUGCCCAAUCUAAGAAGGUUCAACAGCCAUCACCAAGACAACAACAACCAACUGGUACUACUGUUGCAGCUGGCAAUACUUCCACAGAUGGUACCGCUAUUAAUCCCAGAAAUAGAAGAAGAAGACCAAAAUCGAGGAACAAACAAACUAUUGAUACCGUUCCUGAUAAAGAAGCCAACAGUACAGCAAAAUCAGAGAAUGCCACACAUCUAAAAGGAAGUAAUAAACCUGCAAAGAAGAGAGCAACACAGCAGCAACAAAAGCAACAAAAGAGACAGAAACAAAGACAGAAACAAGAUAGGAAUGAAAGUAAUCUAUUUAAAUUAGUUUUAAGACAUUUACCUCCUAAUUUAAAUUCUGAAAAUUUCAUUAAGAAUGUCAGUCUCUCAAAGAAUAUUCAUGAUUUAUAUCUUGAAUGGUACUACAUUCAAGGUCAUUAUUCUUCGAAAUUAUUUAAGCAGCCACAUUAUUCAAGAGCUUAUUUCAUUUUCGACUCCAUAGUAAAAUUGAAUAAGUUUGCCAGUAUUGUGAAAAAUAUGAAGUUCAUUGAUGAUCAUGAGAAUGUAAUGAUUCCCUUGUUGACAUUAUCAUCUUAUAUUAAAAGCAUUGAAGAGAAUGUUCCAGAGAGAUCUAGAAAUAAUCCUAAAAAGCAUCAAAGGACGAAGGCCCCCAAGAAGGAUAUCUUGGAAGGAACUAUUGAAAAUGAUGAUCUAUUUAAGAUGUUUCUUGGUCGAAGUAAAGAAAAUGAUAAAGUUAUUGAUUACGGUAAUUUCAGUUUAUUAAGACCUGUUCGGAAAGAAGUAUCAAGACAAAAGGAAGCUGAUAUUGCAGCAGCUAAGAAAAGUGAACUAGCAUUGACCAAAUUAGCUGGUGGUUCAGCUUCUUCAACUAAGGAUGUUACGAGUCAAGCAAAGAAUGCAAACAAAGAUAAGAAUAAAGAUAAAAUCAGUAAGGAAAAUAAAAAAGAGAAGCAAAAAGGUGCCAAAGCAACAACGGGAACUACCGAAGGUAAGAAAAAAUCGAGACGAUCGAAGAAGAAAAAGAAGAACGUGCCAGCAACUAAUACUAACAUGGGGUCAGGAAACUUAACUUUUGAAUCAAGUACCGACAAUGCUACAAAUAAGAAACCAACGCAAAAUGUAGUUAUUCUUGAAGCAGCUGGUAAAAAGGAAUUACAAAAAAGGAAGAAACAGAUAUCAAAGACUUCUAACGUUAUGCCAUCAUUGUUAUCACAAACUAACAACAAUCAUAUUGAUAGUCCCACUAAAAAUAUUCAAUCUUCUAUUAAGAUCUUAAAACGAGAGAAAUGA